CUUUCUCCAACAGUUGUAGUUCCGGCUGGGCUGCCGGUGGGCGGCGCUAGAGAGACGCUGAACCUGAGCUUCCAAUGAGCUUCCACACGUUACCUAGAGGCAGCGAAGUGGCGUUGUGAAAUGAGAAAGCUGCUUGUAUCUGGCAGCUCCGUGGGGGUAGAGCGGUGCCAUCGCAUGGACUAUACAGCGGGGCUUUCUUCAGCGGCCCGGGAGUAGCGGGAGUACCUGUGGGACGCGGUACCGAGGCGGCACGGUUUGAGCCCUUGCCCUUUGGCUUUACAUAGUGUUCCUGUCAUCACUGCUGCAGAAGUAGCCAUUCUGGAAAUUUGUGGAUUCUUACAACUUUAUUAACUGGUCUUAGAAGAAGGAGAAGAUGAUGAGGCAUUUGACAAGCUGCCUUGUGGUUCUAUGCACAGUAUCAGUUAUUGGAUAUUAUUCAACGGACGGCUCACCUAUGGGUUUGGAUGCCACGCCAAGGAUAACUGUGACCUACAAUGAAAUCUUGGAUCUGAGGAGGUUCAGCAGCCGAGUAUCAAAUUAUAGCACCUUACUACUGGAAGAUGAAAGGGGGAUUCUGUAUGUUGGGGCAAGAGGUGCCAUCUUCUCGCUCAAUUCCACCAAUAUAUCACAGAGAUACCAGAAAGCAAUCCCAUGGGAAGUUACUGCACAAAAGCACGACGAAUGCAUAAAAAAAGGCAAAAACAACCAGACAGAGUGCUUCAACCAUAUAAGGCUUCUGCUUAGAUUUAAUGAAACCCACCUGUAUGUCUGCGGAACAUAUGCCUUUUCUCCCCUCUGUUCUUUUAUUGAUUCCAGGACUUUUGUUUUGUCUUCAGAAACAGAAGAAGGAAAGGAGAAAUGCCCUUAUGAUCCAGCAAAAGGAUACGUUGGUCUCCUAGUGGAUGGAGGAUUGUACACUGCCUCUCUCUAUGAAUUCCGUAAUCUGCCUGAUAUAAGGAGAAACCUCUUGCAACGAUCGCUGAAGACAGAGGAAUCCAAUUUGCACUGGUUGAAUGAUCCCGAGUUCGUGUCUGCUGCUCUGGUUCAGGAAAGCAUGAACGUUGAAGUGGGGGAUGAUGAUAAAAUCUAUUAUUUCUUUAAUGAAAAAGUUGUAGAAGAGAACUCCGCUUUCCUCGGCAGCAAGACGGCAAGUGUAGCACGGGUGUGCAAGGAUGACAUGGGUGGCAAGAAAAUCUUACAGAAGAAAUGGACAUCAUUCUUAAAGGCAAGACUUGUCUGCUACAUGCCUUUUUAUGAAGUCUUAAAGAGCGCCUACACCCUGGAAUUGGGAUCCUGGGAUACGACCAUUUUCUACGGGGCUUUCAUCUUGCAGUGGAAAAACAUGGAAGAGUCUGCUAUAUGUCGAUACAGCAUUUCUGAUAUCCAGAAGGUGUUUGAGGGACCUUAUAUGGAAUAUCAGUAUUCAUCUCGUAAAUGGUCUCGAUACGAAGGAGAGGUUCCCAGCCCCAGGCCAGGAUCUUGCAUCACAAAUGAAUUUCGGAUGAAUGGGUUCAACACCUCCCAGGAUCUCCCCAAUAACGUUCUAGAUUUUGUAAAACUUCAUCCGCUGAUGUACGAGAAGGUGAGACCGGUUGGGGAGCAGCCGCUGCUCGUUAAGAAAAACAUCAUAUACACCAGAAUAGCUGUGGAUAGGGUUAAAGCGCUAAACGACGAGUACUACGAUGUGCUAUUUCUUGGGACAGAUGAUGGCUGGAUUCAUAAGGCAGUGGUCAUUGGAUCCAUGGUCCAUAUAAUAGAAGAAAUACAAGUCUACAAGUUCCCACAGCCAGUUGAAAAUCUGGUGAUCUCCAAGAAACAGAAUGCAUUAUACAUCGGAGCACAAAGUGGUGUCCUCCAGAUCCCGCUGUUUGGCUGUAGCCAAUAUACCUCAUGCUAUGACUGCAUCCUCGCCAGGAACCCUUACUGUGCCUGGGACGGACAUGCCUGUCGGGACAUUAUUGGCGCAAAGAAUAGGACACAGAUGACGCAGGACAUGCAGAAUGGGAAUGGAGGAUGUUUAAACAGCACAGACGAUGGAGCUCUAAAGAAGAGGGUACGGAGAGUGUUAAAAGGAAACGAUGUCCUACUGCAGUGCGAGCUGCGGUCCAAUCUAGCCAGGCCUCAGUGGUAUGUUAAUGGCACCGAUAAGCUAUAUGACAGUGAGGGUCACACCAGGCUGGGAGUCGAUGGUCUUUUAAUUACCGACACUCUCCCGGAGCACAGUGGCGAGUACAGCUGUUACUCAGAAGAGAACGGAUUGCAGUCUUUGGUAGCAGUGUAUUCUCUAAAUGUCCUCUUGGAGCUUCCAAAAGAGAAGAACUAUUCCACGCCAACACCGAUAAUCCAACUGCCAACAGCUGCCCCUCAGUCUACUGGUAAUAUUCAAUUCAUCUACAUUUCCACAAUCACCAUUCUCGGUGUUCUGUGCGUCGUCCUCUCUAUUGUUUUGUUAUAUGUGUCUUGCCAGCAGAAAAAGAAGGGUAAGUAUGCUGUGAGAAACUCUCGCUCCACAAAUGUUGAGCUUCAGACUGUAUCAUCUCAGUUUAAAGAAAAGGCAGAGGACUUGAACAGUUAUUCUGAUGGGUGCCUGCAGAUCAUCCCUGGAGAGGCACCCACACUGUCUCCCCACAAAGACAUGCCUCCGCCCCCACCUCCACCACCUCCAUUGCCCUCGGAGUUCACCAAUGGAAUAAGCACUCUACCCAACAUGCUUAGGAAAAUGAAUGGCAACAGUUAUAUGCUUCUUAGACAGAAUGAGGAGUCCAGCCUACCCUCAUACAAUUCUUUUACAGAGGAGCUCAGCAAGAUCCUUGAGAAGAGGAAACAUACACAACUGGUUGAAAAAUUGGAUGAAAGUUCUGUGUAGUAUAGACUGAAAAAAUACAAAGAACUAAACCUCAUCUACCUCAAUGGCAAUUUUUAAAAAAAUUACAUUUUAUAAUAUAUUGUUUUUUUAUUUUAACCCACAUUACAUAUUUAAAAAAAAAACCAAAAACCUUGAAGCAUUAUAAGUACGAAAUGGCCACCUCAGUUUGGAGACAUUGGCUUUUCCACCAGCCUGUGGGCUUAAGCUUUGUUGAAUAAAUCAUAAACUCGUGGGAAGGAUUAGGCACGUCCAGCUGAGGCAGAAAUCUGGAUCCUGUUUGGUUUGGGAAAAAGUUACACAUCAAACUACACCAAAUUACACAUCAGGACACAGGAAAUGUAUUCAGCGAGAGAACAAAAAAAAUGAGAUGAAUGAGAGAAAAAGAUGGAGAAGGAAAUCGGAGUUAUGUUUUUGGAAAAUUCCCUAACUUUUUGGAUGUGAGGAGGAUGCACAGCACUGGAGCUGCUGGUUAGAAGCAAAUUGAUCAAUUUAUGGCACUAACUGCCGUGUUCCAUCUCUGCAGACAUAGGCCAGGAGAACAUAACCAUGGCAAAGAAAACAAAGGGAUAUUUCUGCUUUCAUAAAGUACGUGGAUGGGGCUACAUGUCUGCUCUGCCUUUAUUCACAGAGAAACACAGACAACCCUGAACCUCUUCAGUGCUGGAUUUUUAGAAGUGAUGGGAACAUUUUCCGCUAAAGAAAUAUAAUGUCGACCAUGAUGAUUGAGAACCUCUUGAGUGCUGAAUUUGUAGAAGAGAUGGAAACAUCUUCCACUAAAAGUGAUUAAAUGUCAGACGUGAAGGUGGAAAGAACGUUACCGAUGCUUCCCAGCCAUGUUACUAGGAUUUACCAUCACAUUACAAGACAUGGUCAUAUGAACUUCAGGGAGAUAUUCUGUUAUGAACCACCUGCAGAUUGUUCUUGCUCCAGUUUAAUUCUCCAUCUUAUUUCUCUGGGUACCAAGCUGGAGGUGAUACUGUCAUAUGAUCCCAAAUGGGAUAUAUAUUUUAAUAUUAUGUUUUGUGCUCUCCGGUUGACUUUGGGCCAGUGUUUGCAUGGCUGGAUUCAGGGACAGGCCAACGUGGCUAUUAGAAAGGGCUAAUGUGAUGCGUUUGUUGAGACUUCUGUAAAAUAACUGAGCAUCUUUUGUCAAUAAUAAGCACUGUAAUAGUACAAACAACUGCAUAACGUUCAGAGUCAGUGACUGCAGUGAGACCAUUAAUAGUGGCAGAUAUGACCUAUGCUAAGAGGAAUACAUGUUUUUUGCCCCGUUCUUAUUUCUCUUCUCCAUUCUAUUGCUUUAUGUGCCCAUUUGCUAACCUUGCAUGUUCCCUCACUUCCUAUUCUCCCCCUUUCUUUUCUUCACCUUUUCCAUGGUCAUUGAAAAAAGACCCCCUUAAUUUGGUCUCUGAUAUUGUUACAGCGGCCAUGGGAGUCUCGCAAUGAUCUUUCUAUCUGAUUGACAAACACAUGAGCGUAAGCCACAGCCCUCAUUGUAAGCUCUGCUUUUUUACUGAGAGAUCUCUGCCUUUCUGGGGGUGGGGGAAAACGGAUGAUUUUGGAGCUUGAUCAUCUUGGCUUUGAAACAUAUCAUUAUUGAUCAUCACUAUCAUCAUCAUCAUCAUCAAUACUGUGUGUGUGCAACAGCUCAGAUACAAUAAUUAUAGUCUUACUGCCCGCCACCCUUUUAGUGUCUUUGUCAUGUGGGGCAUAAAGAGUCAGGGCUAUUGCCUAUUGUAUUAAAAAAAAAUCUUUGUUUUUUAUUUCUCGAGCUAAACAGGCCAGACAGGGAACUUGAAGCUACUUUAUGUUUGGUCCUUGCAAGAUAAAUAGAUUCCCAGUGCACAGAUCAUUUCCCUGCGUAAUGCAGUUCUACUUAUCUGUACACUGGGAACCUAAUUAUUCAUCUUGCAAGGACCAAAUGUGGAGAUUAAUAAAUUAAACAAAACAUAGAGUCUUCAUGAUUAAAACAAUUAUCCAAAAAUGUAUGUUCUGCACAAACUCUGUUCAUUGCACUCAUGUAGAACAAGGGAGUAUAUAUAAGACCCUGGCCAUGCAGGCGCAAUUAACCUGUUUUGAACUAUAUAAAUGUUGUUUAUGCCAGAUAUUUACAGUGCACAUAUUUUAUAUUUUGUUGAUGUUUAGGGCCCCAUUCUGUGUUUAAUGUAUGAGUCAACUAUAGGAUUUUACUGCUGGUUGAGCGCACAUUUUAGUCAUUUUGGUGCUUAAUUGCUUUACCACACACAUUGCAACAAUAUGAUCUGCUGGCAGGUCCUGCAACUGUUUUCUGUGUCACAGAACUUUCUUCAACUUUAAUUUCCACCGUGGUACAUGUGCCAAAACAGAUGUAUUUACUGUGCUGCAUUUACACAUUCAUUACCUCUGAACUGCAGUAUUGAUUCCUUCGGGCCACCCAGCCGGGCACAGUGUCGGCAUAUCCUUGCAUGAGAGAGCAGAACCAAAACUGAAGUUGGUCAGUAUGGUGUGAAGAAUUCUAGCCUUUUUUUAUUAUUAUUAUUAUAUUGCUUAGCAAGUAGGGCAUGAGCAUGAAUUCCCUUUCAAGUUGUCAGAUCUUAGUGAUACCUAGUCAGUUCUUCCUACAGCUUUAGCUAACCUGGUGUAAUGUUAACAAAUGUAAAAGGUAGGGAACAAAUUCCUGCCAAAACAACAAACUGAGGAAACCCUAAAAAAUUAGAUGUACAAACCAGCAGGCCCCUGUCUGGUAUACAAUUAACUACUCAAGAGGUUUCAGUGGCAUCUAAGGCCUGUGGUUGAGACCUAAGGCUGACUCCACACUAAGCGUAUGGUGUAUAUUUUCGGCAAGCCGAAAAUCGCUUGCCAAAAAUAACGCCAUAUGCGUCUACCUGUGCCUGCACCUGAAUGAAUGGAAUACGCUUGGAUGCAGGCACAUGUAGCUGAAAUCCGCUGAAGAUGUGAGGUCUCGUGUUUUUUAGCGGAUAUCAGCUACAUGUGCCUGCACCCGAGCGUACUUUAUUUAUUCGGGUGCAGGCACAAGGUAGAAUAAACCUACAGUAGCCUGUGUGGCAUCAGACUAAAGUUUACAUAUGAUGAAAAUGUUCAAACUCAUUUUCUACAAAUUCAUUCUGACCAUGUUGCCAUGCAUUAGGGUAUCUACUUUAUAUCUCUAUUCAAAAGUAUUCAAAGUCAUAGAUUACUGUAUUUGCUGAUUUAAUUCAGCUUAUAUUUACCAUAUCUAAUAUUCUGUGGGUCAAAAGUAACGUGCACUUCAUUUUUAGUGGAAUUGCCUUUAAUUUGGCUCGAGUCAAACACUUUGGGUCGCCCUCCGCAAGCUUCUCACAAUAUGUCUGGGCUUUGUGAUGACUUGGAUUCUUUCACUAUUAUCUUUCAGCCAUUUUCUUCCAACUUUGGAGUUCUGCUUUGGAUACCGGGCUGAUGCUUCCUCCCUUAUGAUGCCAUCUGGUUUCUGAACCAGUCCAUUAUCCAGCAACUCCCAUUCAUAGAAUGAUCCUUUACCCCCAUGCUUCCCAGCUGGGAUGGUGUUCUUGCCUUUGUUCCUCAAUAUAUAGUGAUGAUCAUCAUGGCCAACAGUUUUAUUUUUGUUUCAACCGACCAGAGAUCCCUCCUCCAAUAGUCAGAGUCUAAGUCCUGAGUAUCAUCUGUAAUCUUUAGUGUGGCAUUUAUGUGCCGAGUAGGAGUAGGAAUUUAUUCCUUACAUGUCAGUAUUUCAGGUCAUGGAAAUAAAGGACUCUCUCAAUGGUGGAUGCUGAUACACUGUACUUUGCCUCCAUCUUCGGCACCAGGUCCUUUGUUGUUGCCCUAACAAAGUCCAUUUAUCCCUGGAUGAUUUGCAUAUAAUUGUUUGUACAGAUUCUCACGAUACCUUCAGCUUUUCUGAAGGAGGAACUGGACCAUUCUGUCUCUGGGGUUGAGAUCUAUAACACAGCCACAGGUACACUCAAUUUAACUAAUAAUAAAGACAUUUGGGCAGUCAGAAGAUUUUACAAGUCAUUAUAUCACAUUCUGGACUGUUAAAAGAGUCAAUCAACCUAACUGAUUGGACAGGCUUGAUUUACUCGUCAGAUCAGGGACCACAUUGAGUCUAUUGAUGGAGUCCUCUGUCCAAUGGCCCAGAUACCUGCUCGUUUGGAUACCUCACCAAAUUAGUGGACCUCACCAAAUUAGUGGAUCUUGAUGUGUAUGGCCAGCUUUACUUAUGUAACAUUUUGACUUACAAGAAAUCAGAUAUGGUAAAUUUCAAUUGCAAUUCCCAAGACUUGAAAGAGACUUAAGGUGGCCACACACGUGGCGAUUUGACGAUGUUUCGUGCGACCAUCGGUCGCACGAAACGUCAGAUCCGCCACACACCGUUCAGGGCUGAAACAGCAGGUAAGGAGGUAGAAACAAUAGGAUUUCUACCUCCUUCUGCUGAUUCAGAAUCACAGUCUGGACCUGGUGGGUUACUGAAUGAUAAGCAAUUUCAGCAUAUGUGUGUGAAACACAUCAUCAUCUUGAAGAUUUGGGGGGCCUGUGAAUUUCUAAUUACACCACCAGGGGCUGCAGCAUAUUUCUCAAGAAAUAUCAGCAGGGAGAAGGGUCAUGGGAAAUGCCUGUAAAAGUAUUAAAAAAAACAAAACAAAACAAUACGUACUGUAUACAUAGUGGCAGUUUGGCUAUUUAUUAUAUGUGGCUUCAGUAGAUACAAGCUCUCCUUACAAUAUAGAAUAUACAGAUAUACAGUGCUUAAUCUAUAACCAGAUGUAAAUAGUAUAUAUUUGGGUUUUCAAAUUCAGCUGUGGUGAUCUACUUCUCCCAGCAUUCCCCGGCUGCUGCUCAUUGGCUGAGGAUGCUGGGAGAUGUGCACGAAACUCUGUAAGCACCAAAUUUCACAUCUCUAUAUUAAUGGUUUUUGUACAAUAUUGUGCACUAAGAUUCAUUUUGUGUAACAAAAAUUAAUGUAAUGUGGGAUGUACAGUUUAAUUGCAAAAUAUUUCUAUUUUUAUGUGACAAAACAAACCUGAGUCCUUUUUUGUGUGCUGGAUAUUUAAAAUCAACUGGUGGGAACUGUGGUACUUGGAUGCUUCAUACAGUCGCCUGAUAAGGAGUCUGUAGAAAUGGCUAAAAAACUCAGCCACAAGAGGGCGAACGUGAGCCUGCAGCUGAGACUAAUGAUGGCUGCUCCCACUGAUGUGAAUAAGCACAGGUAGAAUGUAAAUGAAGGCUUACCCUACCAAACAACCCACACCUGUAUGUUUAACAUUUAUAUGUUAAUAACUUGAAAAUAAUAUAUAUAUAUACAGGUCAGAAGACCUGAGAGGGUCCCCCUUUCUAUAUGAGGAAUUCAACAUUCCCAGCUUCUUCUCUUUCCCACCAUCAAGGCAAGAGAUGGUGAUUAUUGUAGUUCAGCAGAUUGUGCCCAAGGUUCCACAUAACAAAGUGAGUGUUACAGAGAAGCUCCCGAUGCUACACACAUUAUAUAAAGCAUAGUGACCCCUUUAAUGUGGCCCCUGUGACCUGGGUGUCUGUUUU